CGAAAUUUGGCUGUCACACAAAUGCAGCAUCUCGACCCGCUUCCUUUACUUCCCGGAAAUACAAAUAUUCAGUUACUAAGAUGGCGACACUGACGGUGAGCCGAGCAGCUUUCGGGGGUUUCAGUUUCGAAAAUUGCAAAAGAAAUGCAGUUUUGGAAAAUGAUGCUAACAAAGUGGGAUGCAGCUUCCCUGCUGCUCGAAAAACAGGAACCACAAUUUGUGGUGUUGUCUUCAAGGAUGGCGUUGUCCUUGGAGCUGACACAAGAGCCACUGAAGGAAUGGUAGUGGCAGACAAGAACUGCUCCAAGAUCCACUACAUCUCCUCAAACAUUUACUGUUGUGGGGCGGGAACAGCUGCAGACACAGAGAUGACCACUCAGCUUAUCUCCUCCAACCUGGAGUUGCACUCCCUCUCCACAGGCAGGCUGCCACGUGUUGCCACCGCCAACCGCAUGCUCAAACAGAUGUUGUUCAGGUACCAGGGCUACAUUGGUGCUGCUCUGGUCCUGGGUGGAGUAGACUGCAAUGGCCCUCACCUUUACAGCAUCUACCCUCAUGGCUCCACUGACAAGUUGCCCUACGUUACCAUGGGUUCUGGGUCCCUAGCUGCCAUGGCAGUGUUUGAGGACCGCUACAAGCCUGACAUGGAGGAGGAGGAGGCCAUGCAGCUUGUGCGUGAUGCCAUUGCUUCAGGCAUCUUUAAUGACUUGGGCUCUGGCAGCAACAUCGACCUGUGUGUCAUCACCAAGACCAAGGUGAACUACAUCAGACCCCAUGAUGAGGCCAACAGUAAAGGAAUCAGAGUCAAUGAGCUUGAGGCCUUGCAGCUAACUGGUGACUACAAGUACAAAAGAGGAACUACAGGUGUGCUAAUGAAGGCUGUAACUCCCCUGGACCUGGAGCUGUUGGAGGAGUCUGUACAGACUAUGGACACCUCCUAAAAUACAAUGAUGUGGCUCAAUGUCCUGAGAAUGCCUGAUAGAACUGGCAUGUUUUUUCCAUUUUUGAAAAAAAACUUUAGUUUAUUCCUGGUGUUGUUCCUGGCCCUGUCUAAAUUUGAGCAAUAAAUAAAAUGGACUCAAAGGAUCCACUUAAAGCUG